UUUCCCAGUGUGGACGCUUGUGUCUGCAGUAAUCAUAAGAACUUGUGCUUCAGCAACAAGGAAAAAAAACAUUUUAGGAAGGUAGAAAGUGUGUGUGAGCUGAGGUGAAUUCAGCAGCAUGGAUCAGUGUGAGGACACGGAUGAGACGGCUCCUCUGCUCCGGCAUCAGCAGAGUCGGAGCAAAGCUCAGAGUGCAGCACAGCAGAGCACACAACGUUCUGCAGGACCUGAACCGGAACCCAGCAGCGAGUCCUCCAAUCUGGUCUCUAGAUGUCUGCAGUGGUGUUGCUCUCUCUGUAAUACUCAGAGACCAGACUCUCCUGAACCUGGACCUGAACCCAUGCCAGAAUCUCAGCCAGUAUUGGGAUUCGAACCAGAACCAGAACCUGCUGAAUCAGAAGCUGAGCCUACGUCUGAACCUGCUGUUUUAGAAUCUGAACCGACACCUGAACUUGUGCCAGGACCGGAACCAGGAUCUGAAUCUGUUCCUGAACCUGUACCCGAGUCUCUACUUGUUGAAUCAGAAGGUGGACCAGGACCUGGACCUGAACCCGUCUCUCAACCCGAAUGUUCUCCUGUAAUCUUUGAAGUUCACCUUGAUGCUGCUGCACCCAGUUCUUCCAGGACACUGAUCCACAGACCCGACCAUGUGAACUCUGAGGAUCAGGAUAAACGCUGUGAAGAGAUCCACAGACUGUGGGACGAUUCUGAAUUAAAAUGUUGGCUGUUGGAAACUUUGGAAGGUUUGGACACCAGGGAGCUGAAAUAUUUCCACUGGUACCUGCAGAAUGCCGAUGAAUCAGUGGACGGCUUCAGAUCCAUCAAAAAGAGUCGUCUGGAGCAUGUGGACAGGUUGGACACAGUAGAUCUGAUGGUGCAGAUGUACACCACCGAGGCCAGAGAGGUGGUGGAGAAGAUUUUAACAAAGCUCGACAGCAUUACAGAAAAGUGUUUUCCUGAAGAGAUGCUGCAGGAUGACGCUUCCGUUCCCGCUGCUGCAGCAGAUAAAGAGCUUUCUGUGAUGCUGAGUGACUUCAUUAAGAAGGUGUCGAAAGAAAACCUUACGCAGCUCUUGGAGUCUCUGAUAACUGACAACGUUCUGACUGAUCUGGAAAGGGCCUCCAUACUCGAGGAGAACCACACCAGAGCAAAUAAGGCCAGCUGCUUUGCUGAUGUUGUGAGAGAAAAAGGAGAUGAAGCCUGCAAGAGGAUGAUCAGACAUCUUGAAAUCAUAAAUCCUUCACUAUCCUCCAAGCUGGGUUUGCCCUCUGAACACGUACCUAAAUCUGAAACUAAAUCACAGCCUGAACCUGUUCCUGAGCCUGAACCUGCACCUCGUCCUGAACAAUAUUCCCCCUCUCCUCAGAAUCCUCAGAUCCACAGACCUGACAAUGUGGUCUCCGAGGAUCAGGAUCAGCACACAGAAGACAACCAUGCUAAAGAGGAGAGAGGACUGUACCAGGAGACGGUGUUCAGCUUCGUCCAUCUGAGUGUUCAGGAGUUUCUGGCUGCUCUUCAUGUCCAUCAGACCUUCAUCAAUACUGGAGUCAAUCUGAUGGAAGAACAACAAACAUAUUUCAGGUUGUCCACAUUUUUUAUGAAACCAGAUGUAAAACGUCUCCAUCAGGGAGCUGUAGACAAGGCCUUACAGAGUCCAAAUGGACACCUGGACUUGUUCCUCCGCUUCCUCCUGGGUCUUUCACUGCAGACCAAUCAGAGUCUCCUACGAGGUCUGAUGACACAGACAGGAAGUAGCUCACAGACCAAUCAGGAAACAGUCCAGUACAUCAAGAAGAAGAUCAGUGAGAAUGUGUCUGCAGAGAGAAGCAUCAAUCUGUUCCACUGUCUGAAUGAACUGAAUGAUUCUUCUCUAGUGGAGGAGAUCCAUCAGUCCCUGAGAUCAGGAAGUCUCUCCACAGAUAACCUGUCUCCUGCUCAUUGGUCGGCUCUGGCCUUCAUCUUACUGUCAGAAGAACAAGAUCUGGAUGUGUUUGACCUGCAGAAAUACUCUGCUUCAGAGGAGGCUCUUCUGAGGCUGCUGCCAGUGGUCAAAGCCUCCAACAAAGCUCUACUGAGUGGCUGCAACCUCUCAGAGAGAAGCUGUGAAGCUCUGUCUUCAGUUCUCAGCUCCUGGUCCUCCAAUCUGAGAGAACUGGACCUGAGUAACAACAACUUGCAGGAUUCAGGAGUAAAGAAGCUUUGUGGUGGGCUGAAGAGUCCACACUGUAAACUGGAAAGUCUCAGCCUGUCAGGAUGUCGGAUCACAGAGAAAGGUUGUGGUUUUCUGGCCUCAGCUCUGGUCUCUAACCCCUCCCAUCUGAGGGAGCUGGACCUGAGAUUCAACCAUCCAGGAGAGGAAGGAGUGAGGAAGCUGAUGGCCGCACUGAAGGAUCCAAAGAAGCUCAGGGUGGAACCUGCUGGAAAACAAUGGUUGUGACCAGGUCGGCGGAAAUAACCCUGUCCAUUCACAAG